AUGUCUCAGUUACUUUACCAGUAUUUCUUGAAAAAAACUCAGCUAGAUAGUGUCAUUGCUGUCGGGCCCGACAACGAUCCUUAUUUUGAAGAGAUUCCUGAUGAAGACCUACAUUUUUACCAACACAAAGGAUCCAAAAGGAAGCGAAAGCUACCAAAUUAUAUCCCAUCUCAUGAUUUAAAGAUUUUAAAAUCAGUUAAAAGAAAAGCAUACAGAUUAGAUUUACAAUUAAGUUGCUGUGGGUUACGUAUUGGAUGGUCAGCCAUCAUUGGUCUAUUACCAUGGAUUGGCGAUCUCAUUGCAUUUGCAUUGGCCAUGAACUUAUUGAAGAAAGCCUCCAAAAUUGAAGGAGGACUCCCUCCCAACUUAAGACUGCGAAUGAUGGCGAAUAUUACCUUUGAUUUCGCAAUUGGCUUGAUACCGCUCGUAGGCGACUUCAUAAACGUAUUAUACAAGUGCAAUUCUCGAAAUUUCAUUAUCUUGGAGAAGCAUUUGAUGGAAAAGUAUUCGCGUCAAUCGAAAGUUGGGCCUAAAGAGCAAAGUAAGCAUCCAACGACCAGUAAUCGACCCGAAAAAUCUGGAUAUAACAAGACAGCUCAUGCACUAGCGUAG